AUGAUUCGAUUUCUUCUUGUUUUAAUCUGCAUCAAUUAUGGAUACGGAUAUCCCGAAGGUGCACCUACUGAGAUAUGUGACACGAUGAUGCCAAAUCAUCAUGUAGCACCGAAACAAUGUCAAACAAAGUAUAUUAUCGAAACGGAUAAAUCUGUAUAUUAUCCUGAUGAUGUUGUUCGAAUCACUGUCCAUGGUGUAACAGAUAACGAUCAUUUUAAAGGAAUUCUUCUCACGGCUAAAAAUCAACCUGAUCAACAAAUUGUUGGAACAUGGUCAACAACGAAUUCACCAGUUAAAACAAUCGAUUGCGAUGGCAAACAGAAUACAGCUAUCACUCAUACAACAGCCGAUGAAAAACUACGAGUCGAAGCAUUAUGGCACGCCCCGAACGUUCUGUUACAAGGAGAUACUAUUAUUAAGGCAACUAUUGUUAAAUCAUAUGACGAAAUUUACGUGGAUUGCUUUAAUAUCACAUUAGUACCAACAACACAAAGCGAUUCAGCUAAUCAAAGCGGAUCCGAACGAAAUUCCUUCGUGAAAGCAAAUACAAACGUAUCAUGGACAUACACUAAUGAUACAGUAAUGGUAAAAAUGACUACCAACCAAGUCAAUGUUAGUGAAUGGAGAGCGAUUGGUUUUUCUGACGAUCGGGAAAUGGGUAAUGAGUAUAUAUUCGUAUGUAAAGUUUCAUCAACAGGCGCUCCAUUACUUCAGCGAAUGCAUACAUUGGGUGGUAAACGACCACCGAGUGCAUCUGUUGCAGAUGUUUCUAUAAUAAGUACUACGUAUGAAAAUGGUCAAGCAACGUGUGAAUUCUCUUUCAAUACCACUUCUGAACAAGUUGCAAAUGAACCAUUGCCUGUUGUCACAAACAAAAAUUAUUAUCUCACCUUUGCUGCAGGAAUUCUUCGCACAGGAGAUUUAAUAGGCAAACACAAUUUUACAUUUGUUUCAUCGAAAACGUAUCAACUACAAAAUCCAGAAAUUAUUGACAUUGACAAACCGGCAGCUAACGCAACUCUACCCGUGACAAGUGAUAUUAAAGCGAAUAUUAGUUGGACAUACAAUAAUGGUACUACUAAUAUCAAUAUGAGAAUCAAUAAUCUCAAAGCAUUACAGUGGCUUGCAAUUGGUUUUUCACGAGAUCAUAGAAUGGGAGAAGAUCAUGUCUUCAUCUGUCGACGCUUAGCUAAUGAUACAAUAUCUCUCCAGCGUUAUAUUAAUCCAGGCGGUCAUGCUCGACCUGUGCCACACAACGGAACUUCAGAUUGGGGUGGUAUUUUCGCUGUUAGUCGGGAAAGACUGGAGAAUGGAGUUGUUGAUUGUGAUUUUACACUAUCUGAUUUUGUCCCUGCAGCCGAUCAAUCCGAUCAGCUUACUUUUCCUGCACUUUCUCAAUCAACUGAAUACAGUCCAUUGAUUGCACUUGGAAAUUUGAACGGCUCUAAUUAUUUUAUGAGACAUGCUUAUCGUAUAGCUCUUCCUCAAAACGUUACAUUGAAUCAAACAGAAGUGAUCGAUUUCGAGCAGAUUAUUACAACUACACCUAGUACUGGAGGUAAUACAACGCCAUCACCAGCAGGCGAGGUUGAAAUAAACGUCGAUUGGACAUAUGAUGCUGGUACUACCAGUAUCAACAUGAAAAUUGCUAAUUUAAAAGCAUCACAAUGGAUGGCAAUUGGCUUUUCGUCAGAUAUGAAAAUGGGAGAAGAUCAUGUUUUCAUCUGUCAACAUUCACCUGAUGGUAAAGUAUCUCUUCAACGUUAUGUCAAUCCAGAUGGAUAUACGCGACCACGACCACCUGAUGCAACUCUAAAUGUGGGUGGCGUCCUUAAUGUGGGCCGAGAAAGACUAGAUGAUGGAAUUGUCUACUGUGAUUUUACAUUAUCAAAUUUUGAUAACACAACAAGUCAAUCUCGUCAACUUCCUUUUUCUCCACUUUCCCAAACAAGUACAUAUCAUCCAUUGAUUGCAGUUGGAUCUUUAGGCAGUUCAGGCCAAGUUGAAAAACAUUCGUUUCGCGACGCACUAUCUCGAAGUGUCAUGUUGAAUCGAGCAGAGACAAUUGUUGUCAAUGCUCAAUCCAAUGGGCCUAGUUCUACUGAUCUUAUGAAAGCCCAUGGUAUUAUCAUGAUUUUCACAUGGAUAGUUCUUGUUUCAACAGGAAUACUUAUUGCACGCUACUUCAAACGUUCGUGGAGUAAUCGAAAAAUUUGUGGUAAAGCAAUCUGGUUUGCUGUUCAUCGUACCAUUAUGAGCAGUGCGGCAAUUUUGACAUUGAUUGCCUUUAUUCUCAUUCUUGUCUAUAAAAAAGGCCAGUGGGUAUCUCAAACGAAUCGACGUGAAUUUGCACAUUCUAUCAUUGGAAUGCUGGUUAUAAGUUUUGCAAUUAUUCAACCAUUUAUGGCUUUAUUUCGGUGCAAUCCGGACGCUCGUUAUCGUUUCAUAUUUAAUUAUGCUCAUGCGACUGUUGGUUUCAGUGCCUUCAUACUUUCCAUAGCCGCAAUAUUUUUAGCGAUGUUUUUCGAAUAUUUCGAUUUCCGAACGCACAAAGAGUGGGCAAUCGUUGCAGCAUGGUCAUGUUGGUUACCACUAAUAUUCGUAGCUUUUGAAAUGCUCGAACUUUAUUUUCAAAAGACUUCAUUAAUAGCAGAAAAAGCAGAUUCGUUUGCAAUGAAUGAUCGAAAUGGAACAAAUAAUGCAAAAGUCGAAACAAUAUCGUCAGCGAAGGAACCGGUGAAGGAUCGAAUCAAAGUGAUUUUCCUUUCUCUUCAUCUUCUCAUCGCUUUUGCAUUAGCAUUAGCAUUGAUGAUCCUUAUUGGUCAGUCACCAAACUAA